AUGGAUUACCUCAACUCCAAAAUACGAGACAAUUCCAUGAUUUCCAUGAAACCCAUGACGACCCUUUGUUUCGGCGUUGCAGCAAUGGAAGUGGCGUUCGGAUUCCACGGGAGGGAAGCAGUCAAUGUGUUAUUCAAUGCAGCCAAAGUGAAAAUCGUAAUGCCUCGCAAACAAGAGGAUACCGAUCUCCAAGUCAGCUUGCGUCCCGCCAGCGAGUCUUCCCUUUCCGCUGCCUGGUCUGGUGUAGGGAAAAGAAAGAAGGUUAUGUCGGGCACAGGACCAAAGACCACCGAGGACGCAGUGGCGGAGUACGCCGUGUCCUUCACGAGCCAGGUAGGGUGCCUGUUCCUGCGAUGUGUGAAGGUGUCCACCAGAGAUUUGGUGAGUGUUCCAACGGACUUCUUGAGAGAUACAGUUAUU